AUGUUUAAUUACUUAUAUCAAAUUGGUGGUCUACCUGGUAUAGAGAUAUAUGUUAAGAUACUUCGUUGUGCUGAUGCGACGAAUGAGCAUGCUAAUCAAAAUAUAGUGGAUGAUUAUGGUUUAUCUGAUAGUCUUGGAGGGCCUUCAAAUAAUUUAUAUGAUAGAGUGGAGGAUGAGGACGAGGAUGAUGACGACGAUUCAUGGAUGUCAACUGAGGAUGAUGAUGAUGGUGAUAAUCGUCAGGAGGAUAGUAGGAGUGAAUCUCGAUAUUAUAACACUCAAUUUCCUAAUCCUAUUGUGCAUAUUGUUCAUCCUCCCCCAUACGCAAAAAUAGAUUUCGAUUUGCUUAGGGUGGAUCCGUAUAAUAGGCUAGAAGGUCGUUCCUUUUGGGAUCCUUCUAAAGAGUUUUCAGUUGGGAUGAUAUUUUCUUCAAGAGAUGCAGUGGCUGCGGCUGCAAAAGAAUAUCACCUAAAGCAUCAUCACCAAUUUUGUUAUCAUGAAACAAGAGAGAAGACUUAUUCAAUAAAGUGUAAAGACAAAGAUAGUGGGUGUGCAUGGAGGCUUCGAGCAUCCAAGAAACAAGGGGAGGAUAUAUGGAAAAUUACGAGAUACACUGGGCCGCACACAUGCACAAAUCCUCAGUUGACGAAAAAUCAUAGCCAAUUGGAUGAAAAUUUCAUUUGUUCAUUCAUAUUUGCAUUAAUUGAACAGCAGCCCGAUAUAAAAAUUGUUACCCUACAAGCUGAAAUGAGGGAUAAAUUUGGCUACGAGCCGUCUUAUCAAAAAACAUGGAAAGCAAAGAAUAAGGCAAUUGCAAGACUUUAUGAGGGUUGGAAUGAAUCAUACAGUCGUUUGCGUAGAUUCAUGACCGCUCUUCAUCAUUUUAACCCAGAAACAGUAUACAUGAUUGAAGAUAAUCCACAUUGGAUAAAUGUGCAAUUAAAUUCUAUGUGUCGUGUAUUUGACCGUAUGUUUUGGGCUUUUAAGCAAUCGAUUGAGGGAUUUAAACAUUGCCGACCUGUAAUCUCAAUCGAUGGGACAUUCCUAUAUGGAAAAUACACCGGAUGUAUACUGUGUGCAACUGCACUCGAUGGAAAUAAUCAACUAUUUCGAUUAGUUUUUGCCAUUGUUGAUAAAGAGGAUGGUGACAAUUGGUUGUGGUUUAUGAAUUGCUUGAGGAUCUUUGUGACCAAUCGAGAAGAUUUGUGUGUAAUUUCAUAUCGUUAUGCUGGAAUUCUUAAGGCAAUGCAGAAAUAUUGGUGGAAACCUCCAGUUGGUCAUCACCGUUACUGCAUCAGACAUGUUUUGAGUAAUUACAAUAAAACAUUCAAAAAUGCAUCAAUAAAGGAAGUAUUGCGCAAGGCAGCCAAUGAAAACCAGAAGAGAAAGUUUUACGAGGCAAUGAACAAUAUUAGGGAGGUGCAUCCUGAAUCAUAUGAUUGGGCAGUGAAGAUAAAUUUAGAGAAAUGGACGAGAUCACAUGAUGGUGGACAGAGGUACGGGGUGAUGACAACAAACAUGACUGAAUCCCUUAAUGGCAUGAUGAAAGAAUUUCGGGCGUUGCCUAUAACGGUAAUGGUUGAAAAAAAUUUUUACCAGUGUGUCCAUUAUUUUGAUACGCGAAGAACAACUUUUUUAGAACAACAAAGCAAGAGCUAUAUUUUCAGUCAGUUUUGCAGUGAAACUCUGCGUGCUAAUGCAAUUAAGGCGAAUGGACAUAGAGUUAGACGGUUCAAUAGUCAGACCAUGGUUUGCGAAAUAAUUACUGCAAAUGGUAGGCAAAAGCAAGUGGUCAAACUCAUGGAUCAAACAUGCACAUGUGACAAAUUUCAGGAGAUAAGGAUACCAUGUUCACAUGCUAUUACUGCAUGCAUGUCACAUUCAAUUGAUUACGAACAAUUUGUAUCUGACUAUUAUAAAUUGGAUCGUAUCAUCCAAUGUUAUGCGUACACAUUCCAUCCUCUUGGACAUCUUGACUAUUGGCCUACAGCAGAUGGACUUCCUCUUGUUCCUGACAUUGCUAGAAUAAGAAAGAAGGGUCGGCCGAGAUCUUCUAAAAUACGUAAUGAGAUGGACUGGAGGUCAAACAAAAUAAAAGAAACGUCGAGAGUCCAUUGUUCCAUAUGUGGCAGGGUGGGGCACAAUAAGAAAACUUGUAUGGGUGGGAAAUCAAGUAGAUAA